GGAUGAAAAAAAAGAAUGAUAAUAAUGAUUAACUUUAUAAUAAAUAAUAAAUAUCAAAAUGAUUAGGGUUCUUUCUCCCCCAGAUCCAAAGCCAAAAUCAAAAAGCCAAGCCCAACUGGUUUGUUUUUCAAUUUUUGUUAUAUAUAUUAUAAAUAUAUAUAUGUUUUUUGUAACUCCUUCUGUGUGACAUCUGCGAGCGGGAAAUGGCGGCCACGCACUCAUUAAUCCAAAAGCCAAAUGAGUGAAAUUGACCAUCCACACCGCACGCACUUCUAUUUUCUAUUCAUCCAAACAAUACCCACAGACCAAAACCAAAAAACGUAGUCUUUAGCCAAAACAUGGUGGUUUCGAUCAUAUUCUCUUUUUUGGGUGUAUUUUUUUAGCUUUAGCAAAGCCGAAAACACCAACCAAACCCCCAGUCUACCUCACCGUCAGAAUCGGAUCUCUUUUUUUCUUUCUUCUUUUUGUCUUUCUGACAUAUUUUUUUUUUUCAGCACCAGUAGGAGGUGGUGGAACUUUCCUAGAGAGAGACAUAGGGUUUUAGGGUUUGUGUUGUACUGUGGAUUCUUUUUGUUUCCAAUUGUAAUUUUUUUUUUCUUUUUUUGUUCCGGUGUUGUGGGUUUUUCACUUUUCUGAUCGUUAUGAUGGAUGAGGUUGUUCUUGAUGAUAUAAUAAGACGGCUUGUUGCGGCGAAAAACGGACGGACCACCAAACAGGUUCAGCUCACGGAAGCCGAAAUACGACAGCUUUGCGGUGCUUCCAAGGAGGUGUUUCUCAGCCAACCUAAUCUUCUUGAGCUCGAAGCUCCCAUUAAGAUUUGUGGGGAUGUUCAUGGUCAAUUUUCAGAUCUUUUAAGAUUAUUCGAGUAUGGUGGAUACCCACCCGAGGCAAACUACUUGUUCCUCGGGGACUAUGUUGAUCGUGGAAAGCAAAGCAUAGAGACAAUAUGCCUUCUCCUUGCAUAUAAGAUCAAGUACAGGGAGAAUUUCUUUCUUCUCAGGGGCAAUCAUGAAUGUGCUUCCAUCAACCGUAUAUAUGGAUUCUAUGACGAGUGCAAGAGGAGAUUUAACGUUCGUGUUUGGAAGACAUUUACUGACUGCUUUAACUGUUUGCCUGUUGCUGCUAUUAUAGAUGAGAAGAUACUCUGCAUGCAUGGUGGUUUGUCUCCUCAUCUAAAAAACCUGGAUCAGAUUAGGAAUAUUGCUCGUCCUAUUGAUGUUCCGGAUCAGGGCCUUCUCUGUGAUCUGUUAUGGGCUGAUCCUGAUAAAGAUAUUGAAGGCUGGGGUGAAAAUGACCGAGGUGUUUCAUUCACGUUUGGGGCUGACAAGGUGUCUGAAUUUCUCCAGACACAUGAACUUGAUCUCAUCUGCCGUGCUCAUCAGGUUGUGGAAGAUGGAUAUGAGUUUUUUGCAAAGAGGCAACUAGUAACCAUAUUUUCUGCACCAAAUUACUGCGGUGAGUUUGACAAUGCUGGUGCCAUGAUGAGUGUGGAUGAUACAUUAACAUGUUCCUUCCAGAUUCUUAAAUCUUCCGAGAAGAAAGGAAAGACUGGAUUUGGCAACAACUCAUUACGACCAGGAACUCCACCUCAUAAGGGUAAGGGUUGAUUAUGGGGCCUAAAUUGUCACGAGUCCUGAGAGCCAGAAAUUGCGGGGGGGUCAUUUCCACCAUCCGUAUCAUGUUUAAGCUGCUUUGCUUCUGAAUCAUCUUCUGGUGCCUGGCGUUGCUGGUAAACUACAAGGUGGAUAAUCAAAACUAUGCCUUUCUUUCAAGCGGUACAGAAAAUAUGAAUACACAGUUUCUCCUUCUUAUACAUCGCCAAAGAGCUGAGGUGCCAAAGCAUAAUUCAAACUUCUUGUCCUUUUAUUUUCUCCAACUGGUUGUAAAACUGAACUUGUUGACCCUCUUUUUUUCUUGUGUUAAAUUGUAGCUGGAUAAUAUUUUAUUUCAAAUGCUGCUGCUUCUUGCAUGUUAGGCAA